AUAAACUAAAGAUAAUAAAUACAAUUACUAUUAAAUGGCUAUUAGUAUGAAAAGAUCUAUUGUAGAUAUUAGAAAUUAGGUUUUAUAUUUUUUUAGUAAUUAAAUUCAAUAAGAAAGUAAAGAUUAUAACAAAAAGAUAUUCAAUUCAUGUUUCGGUCAGUAGGUAGAAAUUUUGGUCAAUAACUACUUCAGUUGUAUAAAUAAAACAUCAAAUAGGUGUGGCUUGGAUUGAAAUCAUAGCACAGUACCGGUUUCUGUUAACAUUAAAGAGUUCCCUGUGGUCAAGAAUUAGUUUAGUUUAUCCUCAUUUAGUUGUUCGAAAUGGAUGGUUGUUCCAAAGUGAUUUACUGUGUAUUUACACUUGUAGCUCUAUCAAAAUAUACUAUAUGUUCACAAAAUGACAGUCAACAAGGAAAUAUUGAAGAAAAAAUAUCUUAUGAUGGAGAUCAAGUAUUAAGAGUAGAAACUGUAAAUUCAAAGCAAAGGAAAACAAUUAAGGAACUUGAAAAUCAAGGAUUAAUUCAAAAAUGGUUUACAAAUUCUACAUCAGUAGAUAUAAUGGUAAAAAAAGCAAAUUCAAUAAUUGUAAAAAAUGCAUUGAAUAAUGGAUCACUAUCAUUUGAUGUAUUUAUUGAUGAUAUACAACGAGCUAUUAAUGAAGAAAAUCCACCAAUGAAUGAAGAUGAACUCUCUGGACGACAAGGACACAAUGUCACAUUUCAAAAUUACCAUAAAAUAAGUGAUAUAUAUAAAUACAUUGAUUAUAUAACUCAAGAAUAUCCAGAUUUUGUAGAAGUCCAAAAUAUAGGUAACUCAUAUCAAGGUGUUCCGUUAAGAGUAAUAAAAAUUAAGCCGGAUCAAAACACAACUGACAUUAAAUCCAUAUGGGUUGACGGAGGAAUACAUGCAAGGGAAUGGAUUGCCGUGUCUUCAGUUUUAUACAUAAUUAAUGAAUUAGUAUUCAAUAGAGACUCCUUAGAACCACAUAUGAAAAACAUUGAAUUUCAUAUAUUACCAAUUGUAAAUCCUGAUGGAUACAAACAUUCCCAUGAAAAGGAACGUUUAUGGCGUAAAAAUCGAAAUAAGCCCACAGCUAACUCAUGUAUAGGAACAGAUCUAAAUCGUAACUGGGAUUAUCAUUGGGGUGAGAGUGGAGCGAGCAAAUAUUCAUGUGCAGAAAUCUACCGAGGAGUUAAAGCUGGAUCUGAACCAGAAACCCAAGCAGUUGUCAAAUAUAUUAUGAAAAAUCCUAAAAUAUUUAAAGGAUUUGUGACAUUCCAUAGUUAUGGACAGUAUAUUUUAUAUCCAUGGGGAUAUGCCAAACGAGUACCAUCUGAUCAUACAGAAGUACAAAGAGUAGGUCAAGUUAUAGCCACAGCAAUCAAAAAAACUACAUCAGUAGAGUAUACUGUUGGUAAUAGUGCAACACUAUUAUAUCCUGCAGCCGGAGCAUCUGAUGAUUGGGCUAAAGGAGUAGCAAAAAUAAAAUAUGCAUACACAAUAGAAUUGAGAGAUACAGGAAAAUAUGGAUUCAUUUUACCACCAUCUGAAAUUUUAAGUACUGGAAAAGAAGCUUUUGUAGCUGUCUCAACAUUAGCUAGUGAAAUAAGUUCACAAUGAUACUAAAAAUAAUAGUGAAUGAUAUUAUAGAAAUACCUCAAACUCUAAUGAGGCACAAUUUUUUAAAGAUGAAGAACCUAUACUUUUCUUUU